AUGGCGUCCCCCGACUUCUCCGCCGAGCUCGAAAAGGUCCGCCGCCUCGCCCACUCCCAGCUGAAACACCAGGCAAAGCCCGCCACCCUCCUCCAGGCCAUCGAGCACGCCCUCACCGCCACCCUCGGCACCCCCCAACCCCACACCCCCACCGCCUACUUUGCUUCCCUCCUCCAAUGUCUCCAGAAGGCGUCCAACGAUGAAGUCGGAGAAGACGAGGACAUGGCAGAGAGCGAGAAUAUGGGCCAGGGCGCCCUCAUCCCCGCCACGCUCUACCUCCUCGCCAUCGUCGUCCCCGAGACCCCCAACCAGGUCGUACUCUCCAGCCUCUCCCCCGUCCUCGAGUGUAUCCUCCCUCUCUACGACGGUGCCCUCGAGCACCCUCCCGCCUUGAGGUCUUUGCUCCAGAUCACCACCUCGCUCAUCCUCAUCUCGCCCGUCCAGCUCUUGAUGUCUUUGCCGCUCUUGAAGAAGGCUUGGAACUAUCUGCUCGAGCUCAACCUCGACCCCCGGCCCAAGGUCCGCCACCAAGCGCAGGAAGGUGUGCGUAAGGUGCUUGUCACGCCUAUCCCUCCUCGACAAACGCCCGGGAACCACCCUUACCUCCCUCGAGCGAGGGAAUGGGUGAUGGGUGUACUCGAAGAAGAAGUCAAGAGCGGUGGAGGCAAGGGCAAGAAGGCCAGGUUUGCCGAUGCGCAGGAAGGCGAUGGCAAGCGGGGUAUCCAGCUCGUACAGGGUUUGAGAAAUUGGGUCGCCGUCUGGGGCGAAGACCACCUCUCUUCCCUCUGCGCCGCCCUCCUCGCCCUCCCUCCCCUCCCCCACCUCACCUCCCAAGUUUACUCCCUCCUCGCCUUCCUCCUCACCCCUCCCCCUUCCUCCUCCUCCGCCUCCGCCCCCGCCCCCGCCCCCGCCGUCCUCUCCAACCUCCCCACUAUCCUCGACUCUCUGCUCGCCUCUCCCCCCGCCUCAAGCGAGCUCCCAACUUACCUCUCCGCCAUAACCUCCGCCCUUAUCAAAACCUCCCUCCAAGAGCCCGCCCUCCUCCCCACCUACCUCCCCAAAGCGCACCAGCUCUUCUUCAAAGACAUCCUCCUCGCCCCCAACGCCCCCCCAGCCGUCCUCGCCGCCGCUGCGGCUUCCCUGGGCGCGGAGGGGAUGUUGAGGUAUUGUAUAACGGACGAGAUGAUUUUGGCGACUUUGACUUAUAUGAGGCAGGGGUCGCAUGUGCCCGGGGCGAGGAAGAAGAGCAAGACGCCGUUCUUGUUUAAAUUCUACGAGUCUCUCGUGGAAGCUAUGAACACCAACGCUCUUCGUCUGCCCUAUUUCCUCACUAUCCUUACCGCCCUCAUCUCCCGCCUCCGACUGCGUGUCGUGCCGGGCUCGAUCCCGGCUAUCGCCGACCCCUCUGGUACCGGCCCCGCUGCGGCGCAAGAGCUGGUGAUGGACUUGUUGAAGGAAGUCGGAGAUCUGCGAACCGAGCGAGGGUUUGAGAACAAGGACAAGGUGGAUGAGGUUGUUGGUGUUGCGAUGGACGUUAUCGGCGUCGAAGCCGUCUUGAAAGUCUUACCUCUCAACAUCGAGCCCGACGCAUCCGGCGUCCCCCCGCAACCCGGCCGCGCCCACCUCCUCCCCCUCAUCCGCCACCACACCACAAACGACUCCCUCUCCUUCUUCUCCACCUUCUUCCGCCCCCUCUCCGAACGCCUCUUCAACCGCAAAGUCGCCGCCUCCGACGCCCGCCGCGAGGGCGAGGCCAAAGUGUGGGAAGUGGUGGUCUCGCAGAUCUGGGACUGUUUCCCGGGGUUCUGCGAGAUGCCGAGGGAUAUGGGGGAGGGGCUGGAUACGCAGUUUUUGGGGCUUGUCACGGGGUUGCUGUACACCCAGCCCACGCUCCUCCCAGCGCUUUUGAAGGGGUUGACCAACCUCGUCACUUCCACCGAGCGUCUUAUUGGGUCUACCACCGCCCCUGAGGAGUUGAGGAAGGAAUUCGGCCUCGACCAAACCAUCGCCCAAUCCAACCUCACCCUCCUCAAAUCCCUCGCGAAAGACAUGAUCUCCGUCCUCCUCAACGUCUUUUCCAAAAUGCCCCGCGAAUCGCGGGGUCAAGUCGGAGACGUCAUCUCCACCUGGGUCGGCAUCAUGACCCCCGAGGACGUGGUGGAGACGUACCAAACGGUCACUACCCACUUGUCCAACAAUCUGGACGAUUCGAGUGUGCCGGCGGAGGGGGCGAGCCCGGUGGCGCAUACGAUGCUGGAUCUGCUCAUCAUCUUCACCCCGAUCCUGCCUCUGGCGCAGUCGCUCGCGCUCUUCACAGCGGUGUCCCAGCCGACGAUGCUCCAGCACCGCGACGCCACCGUCCAAAAGAAAUCUUAUCGUCUCCUCAAACGCCUUUUGGAAGGCGGCAAGCUCUCCCUCUCCUUGACGCGCGAAAAGUUGGAAGCCUUUGUCGGCAAACUCGGCGAAAGCGGCUCUUCCGUCGGCCCUGGCGCGCAGAGAGACAGACUCCAGCUCCUCUCUGCGCUCGUCACCGCCCUCCCCAAAGACGCCCUCCACAUCAUCCCCGAGAUCCUCUCCGAAGCCGUCCUCGGCACCAAAGAAGUCAAUGAAAAAGCCAGGGACGCCGGGUUCGAGCUGUUGGUGCUUAUGGGGCACAAGAUGGCGGAGGGGGGUGUUCUGGAACGUGGACAGCAGCAGGUGGGGGAUGAUGAAGAUAUGGGUGUCGCGGGCACAGUCGACGCCAAUGCCGAAGAAUACCUCACGAUGGUAGCCGCCGGCCUCACCGGUACCACCCCGCACACCAUCUCUGCAUCCAUCAACGCCCUCUCCCGACUCUUAUUCGAAUUCCGUUCUUCCAUCUCUGCCGAGACUACCUCCGAACUCUUGUCCACCCUCUGCGUCUUCCUGGCGAGCAAGAAUCGCGAGAUCGUCAAGAGUGCGCUUGGGUUUGCGAAAGUGUCCAUCGUCUCCCUACCUGUUGACGCCCUAAGACCCCAUCUAGGGCAGAUGGUGCCCGCCCUCCUAGGCUGGGUGCACGACCACAAGAACCACUUCAAAUCCAAAACCAUCCACAUCUUUGAACGUCUCCUCCGUCGAUUCGGGUUUGAUGAAGUCUAUGCCGCCGCGGGGGCUACGAGGGUGGAGGAGAAGAAGGUGUUGAUGGGGAUCAAGAAGCGAAAGGACCGAGCCAAGAGGAAGAGGGCUGGGAAGGAUGAAGGGGAGGAAGAGGAGGGGGAGAAGCCGAAGGCGACGAGUGGGAAUGCGUUUGACGAUAUCCUUUACAACUCUGAUUCCGACAUUGACUCGGAGGAUGACGAGGAGAAGGAUGCUGGUAGACCCCAGAAAGGGAAGAAGGGGAAGAAGGCGGAUGGGGAUUUGUAUAUCCGGAACGACGAGGAUGAGCCUAUGGACUUGUUGUCGAGGAGUAUCGCUGGGGCUUCGAACCCCGCGAAAGAGUCUCGUCGCCGAAAGCCCGGAGAAGACGCUUCCAAAUUCCAAACCGACAAAUCCGGUAAACUCAUCAUCCCCGCCGACGGCCCCGACGACGACGAACGACCCUCCGCUUCCGCCUCCGCUUCCGCAGACGCUACAGCCUACCUCCCCAACAACACCGCCGACGGUACCCACCGCGACACCAGGGGCAACCUCAAGUUUAACCGAAACACCAAGCGCGCGAGGGAGGAGGAGAAGCAGAUGUUUGAAGUGUUUGAUGAGGAGGAUAGGAUCAAGGCGAAGGUGAAGGAGAGGAAGAAGAUGAGAAAGACGUUGGGUGAUGAGUUCAAGGCCAAGCGCGCUGGAGGUGAUAUCAAGCGAAACGACGGACCAGACCCGUACUCGUACGUUUCUUUGGGCCAGGCGUCGGGAAAGAAGGGAGGCAAGGCGUCGGUCAACUUGACCAACAAGAAGAAGGGUUCGAGGCGUUAA